AUGAUGGAAAGACCGAGAGAAUUUCCAAAGAAUUUUCACUUUAACUCCAGUGUCCCGGCAUCGGGUCACUCGGCGAGCUUGGCUCCGAAAGUCGUUUACCGGUUUGCAAAGCAAAAAUGUCCAGAUGAUCCAAGACAGGAUUUAUUUUUGAAAAACGAGCCAAAUCGUCAUUCGUAUCACGGGGGAUUUGAUGGAAUUGUUGACGAGAGAGAUUCUCUGGCUCCUCUUCAAAAUUACAACAAUCACAUGAGACAACGAAUGGCAUCGUUCAACUCAUCGUUCAACUCAUCAACAAACUCAUCAACAAACUCAACAACAAAUUUGACCCCAUCGAUUGAUAUCCGCUUUCGAAAUGCUCUCCGCGCACAAACGUCACUCGAAAAUCGGGAAAUCGGGAAAUUGGGAAAUCGAUGUGCCAAAAAGCGACACUCUAUUGCUAAUCUAUCAUCCGGCGGUUUGAGCUGCUUGCCCGAGAUGAAAUCGACGUCUCUGCGCGGCGAGCAACAAUCAAACAUCGAUCACACAAUGCAACAGGGCGCUGACAUCAAUUCGGAAAGCCCACGAGCGGGCAGUUUAGCGAGUUUGGCGAGCAUCAACUCGAGUGCUUCGAAUGAGAAACACCAGCCAGCUACACAGCAAAUGCACGCGACGCCGACCGUCAUGGGACCGGGAGGAGCACCGCUUGAGGGUCGAAUUCUCGUCGAUCCGUCAACCGGUCAGCACUACAUUGUCCCAGCUCAACCAGCGGCUCCCGGUGGCAUGUUCUACCCUCAGCCGAUGUACUAUCAACCCAAUCAUUAUGCUUAUUUCUCACCGCAGAUUGCCGGCUACGGUCAACCAUCUCCAUAUGCUCAACCGUUCGCUCAAUCGACUCAAUCAGCUCGCUAUCCACCGCACGCCACUCCGCCACAAUUUCGACAUCCACCUUUCACUCCAAUGACCUCGCAUGGGUCAAGCGAGGAUUUGCGGAGAGCUCCCGGCGAUCAUUCGACCACCGAUCGUUACGGCGAUCAUCCCCCGCCGUCUCCGUCUCUUCAUCACUCCAAACAACACCAAAUCACUCCAUUUGCCUUUCCUGCACAAUAUGGAAACCCCGCCUCACAUCGAGUCAGCCCUCCACAGCCGGACGACCCAGGCGAUCCGGCGUUUAGGAGAGACUCGACAAGACUGUCCAACGAGUUCACGCAUCAGUAUCCUAGUUCUGAGUACGCAUUUCAGAGAUCUGGUGGACAGGGCAGUGGGACGAGUCUUGAGAAAUUUCAUGCAAACUCUCAACAACAACAACAACAGCAGCAACAAAAUUGGUGGUCACCGAGGAAUCAAAUGCAAAAGAAAGAGCUAUUUGAGGCACAGACUGAUGUUGAAGGCUCACCAAAACGAAAUAUCCAAAUGGGAACCGCAUCAGAUAAUGAAGGAGCAAGACGAGCGCAACAACAGGAACGAGCUCCGAAAGCUGUUCGAAUGGAUUUUGAUUUUACAAAAACAAUGCCUGAAGAAGAGGAAAUGACGAAAAAGGAGAAACAAAUGAAAAAAAGUGGAGAAGAGAAAACAUCUACUGCAUUCACUGUUGUAUUUGAUGCUGAACCGAGAAGUGAGAGUCUCUCGUUGCAGGAUGCAGCUCGAAAAUCCGGUACAGGUCGUCGGCUGCUUAGCCGUCGAGCGCAAAUGAAUGAACAAAGCGAGAAGAUCGAGAAGAUCGAGAGGAAAGCUGAAAUGUUGACUCAAGCCGAUGACUCAUCCAAGCAUUACUUGUUGAACAAGUUGCUACAAGGUCCCCUCUCCUCUAGCUCGAGUCCACUCUCACCCGAAGACACACCACAAAUCGGUGUUCGAAAAGACAAUGACGCUGUCUCGGAAGCGGGCACUUUUGUUAUUGGAGCCGGCGAGUCGAAAGCGGCGGCAAUGAUGAGAGCGAGGAUCGUCGGCGGAUCCUCAUCCGACUCGGACAGUGAUCAGAGCACAUCGAGCGAUCAAGACGAACCGGUCCCACAACGCUCAAAUUCUCCUCGCCGCACCGCCACCGGGGUGGAGGGCCGCCAGGAGGACUCUAGCCAACUCUUGAAGGAGUUGAUCGCGCUAAAACGUGCGCAGGCUCGGCCAAGCACGUCAGCGAUCCCAAUGGCUAGUCACUCGUCGACUCCCACUCCCACUCCAACGCUGGCGUCUCCGAUCUCGCCCACGCAUCGACCCUCUCGUCCGUCGGCGCCAAUUUCCUCAUCAACUUCCACGGCAAACAGGUCGCUGAUCUCUCCGCGCACCUCCACGAUCACAUCGAUCAAUAACCCUAACUUCAGAAGAGGCGAUGGCGGGCGUUUCUCAAUGCGAACCCAACAAGCAAGCCCACAAACUAUAAAGAAACCACCGUUUCGAACCGGUUUACCAGCCAGCAAUCGACCGCCACCACCGCCAAAUCCUCAAAUCGUCGCUCAACGAGAGCAAGAAAUGACCGCGUGGCUUCGCCGAAAGGACUACAAUCCAAUGAAAGCCGUACAAGAGGCAAAAAAAGCUCAACAACAGAAACAGAGAGCCGACACGUUUAUUUCGAAUCGAUCGAUUUCUUUUCAUGUGGGCGCCGGGAAACAACCAGUGAAACGCACAAGCUCCCCGGGAUUGUCAAGGAAUCGCUCAGAUGAGUCGUUGGCGUAUGAAGGAGCCUCGACAACGUCCGCCUCGCAAAAGGUGAUCGCUGAAUAUAGUCGCGGAGUGGUGAAAGACAUAAACAAAUUGACGGAAAGGAGUCGGAAAGGCGAUGGGAAAGAGUUGAGCGGUCUCGCCAGAGCGGUCGAUUUACUCUCAAACAAAUGCAAGAAAAGUAUCGAGUUGAUUCGAUCGCAAAACAAGGGUUGUCUCUCGAUUUCCCUCGAAGAUUUACUGGCAACAGCCGUCGAGCCGCCACGCGAAAGCGAGGAUCUCUCCGAGCAAUUGGAACGAUUAAGUGAAGCUUUCGAUGCCGUUCAGCGCUACCUCGAACAGUACUCGUUGGAUGGACGGGAAAGUCCAUUGGCUGAAGAGGAUGAACAGCCCGAAACCUCAUCUCUUGUCUCCGGGUUUUCAUCGAUGGGUUUAAGAGGAAAGCCAAAAAUCAGCACAAAUGUUUCAACAGGUUCACUGGCUGGCGGACGGGAAAGUGGUCAAAACUCUCGCCCGUUGCGCACGACAGCGUAUCGCUCGAAAAUCCUCGCUCAACAACGAGACUCCAGUCAAACGCGGCUCGGGAAGAAUAAU